UAUACCGGUGAGUCGCGACUUAGCUGCGUAGAACGUUCUCAGUUUCCGUGCACACAUAACUCGUCCGUCUGGGAGAGAGGAGAACCGAAGCAAUGGCUUGGCUCGAGGCCGUCACCUACUUGGCUACACUAACGUAUAAAUUUUUCCGAGGCGACUCGGAAGAACGUAGGGAACGGCGCCGGAGAGAAAAGUACUACGAUUCCUACAGCACGGAAUGGAACUCUCAGGAUCCAUAUGGCUCGCAACAAUUCGAUCCUGUGUAUGGCCAUGGAGUAGAGUAUUACGAGCAGAGUGGCUCAGAGAAGCGCCGCCAUGGCAAGCCUCAAGAAGAGUGGUGCUCGUAUCGGAUACGGGACCAGAGCGGUGACACGGAGAUAGACGUGGUCGGGAGGCAGCGUGUGGAGAAGAAAAAAAGACGUGGGUUUACCCUGUGCCGACGUGUGGAUUACGAGGAGAGAGGGACGAUAACGAAGAAGUACGUGGACUGGAGAGGAAAGGAGGUGAUAGAGCAGAAGCCUUAUAGUUCGAGGAUGUACGAGGAGAUAGAGCAGAAGCCUUAUAGUUCGAGGAUGUACGAGGAGAUAGAGCAGAAGCCUUAUAGUUCGAGGAUGUACGAGGAGAACCAGUACCUCCCAGUAGUCGGAGAUGAUGAGGAGGGAAUCGGGAGGGACGCUGAUGCUGGUAUGGCCGAGAUGGUCUAUGGAGAACACCGGAAAAGGUGGUGACAAGUACUUGAUCAUGGUUUCCUUCAGGCUUCGUGCGGAGCGUUGGAUCUUGCACAGUGAAGUUGUGUCCUAGCUUUGUCUUUAAAAAAAAAA